GCUUUCUGUUUUUCUCUUCUGAAAUAAUUUCGGUUUUAACUGUUUUCUCGGAAUCUGGGUUCUAAAUUGAAACCGAGUCGAGUUUACAGAAACGGAUUACGACACAAAAAUUUCGAUUGUUUACUUAAUCCUCCCGAAAAAUCAAGAUUAGCAGCAGCAGCAAAAGCUCUAGCGUUUUACCGGAUAGUCUCACUCUAGAAGAAGAACACACGCCUCUGUCGAUUCACGGCGAGAAGUAGCCAUGGAGUUGCCAGGUUCCAUCGUCUCCCCCAAGGCGGCGGCGCAGGCGCGGCUUCUCGGGCCGUCACCGCCGGCCCAUCUUCGCCGGCUCGCCUCGCCUCGAUACAUAUCCUGUAGGAGUUUCGCUGUGCGAAACGAAUUGGCGAGGUCAAUGCCGUCAAUGAGUACCGGCUUUCUGCCCCGAAUGCUCCAACCAGCUACGCAGAAGAAGAAACAAAUCGCUACAUGCUAUCAGAGACAAGGAGCUCCACAGAUAGAAGCCAAGUCAAUGGAGGAAGUAUAUGAUGCUUUGGCUGAACACCUUCUUUCUGUCUUGAAGGAUGUUGAUCAUCUUGAUUCAAAGUACAUCGUUGGUCUAGCUGGCCCACCUGGUGCAGGCAAGUCUACUGUUGCCUCUGAAGUCGUUCGACGAGUUAACAUGCAUUGGUCCAAGAAGCAUGCAACAGAUAGUUCACUGAUUUCGAACGAAGAUAUUGCUACAAUGCUUCCCAUGGACGGUUUCCACCUUUAUCGGUCCCAGCUUGAUGCAAUGGAGGAUCCGAAAGAAGCACAUGCAAGAAGAGGAGCACCGUGGACAUUCAACCCAUCACUUUUUCUGAAUUGCCUAAAGACUCUACGAAAAGAGGGGUCAGUUUAUGCUCCAUCAUUUGAUCAUGGUGUUGGUGACCCAGUUGAGAAUGACAUAUUUGUGAAGCCACAGCACAAAAUAGUAAUAGUCGAAGGGAAUUAUUUAUUACUGGAAGAAAAUAUUUGGAGGGACAUUAGAGGCAUGUUUGAUGAAAAAUGGUUUAUUGAGAUUGACAUUGAUGUCUCCAUGCAAAGAGUGCUCCAGAGACAUAUUGGCACAGGAAAAGAGCCAGAUGUAGCAGCAUGGCGGAUUUCGUACAACGACCGGCCAAAUGCUGAGCUUAUAAUGCAAUCAAGAAAGGAUGCAGAUCUUGUAAUUAGAUCGGUGGACUUCUCGAGCUAGACUACAGGUUUUGAUGGCAAUUUUCGUACAUACAUUAAGAUAAUUGCUUGUUUCAACCAUGGUGAUCUCUGUACAUGUAAUAAGCUAUCCCUCCACCAAUUUGUUCCUGGUGCACACAGUAAAGGAAUAAUUUAAUAAUUUCUCUGCAUUCUUCUAGAGAUACUCUUCAAGAAUUUAUCCAAUAUUAUCUUUACCAUUCGGAAUCUGCAAAACUAAGUUAAGUUCAUGCUUU